CACAAAACAACAUUGAUUCAAUGACACAGUUUCAACAGUUUGAUUGGAUGGUUGUUUGAUGGUUGAUCCUCCGUCAUUUGUCAACUUCAACCAGAAAUCAACGAUUCUAACUACUUUUCAUCGUUGAUUUAACAUCGUGUGCUAUCUGGGUAUGGUGUAGAGGUUUCCUGAAGAUAUCUCAUCUUUCCAACACCAGUUUUGUCUCAGAACGAUUACUGAUUUUUGCAUACCUCAAAAUGUAGCCUGACAGCAUGUAUUGUGUCUUACUUGAAGACACAGUUGCAGAGUGACUGAGACAGAGGGUGGUGGUUCAAACUCACAACCCAGCAGUUAACAGAACAGACCCCUACUUUCUGAGCCACUGCCACCCCAAACGUCACUAAACAAUGGGCAAAGGUUUUAAUUUCUAGAAAUACAAAGUGCCACUAACAAUUUAAAAAUGGGUUGUAUGAUAAAAUGAAACCUACCAGUGUCUGUUGCGCUUAAAUUUUCUCCAAAUACUUGAGCAGUUUCUGUUUUGAGCAAAUUGUUAUCUAAAUAUCAGCCUGACUAAGCAAGAAUGUCUCAAGAUUGCAGAAAAAGGGAGAUUUCAACACAAAGGUGUAACUACCAUAACUUUGUAAAAUCUAAAUUUGGAAAUUUUAUCAAACAUUUCAGAUAUUGUCUCAUUUGAGUGAAAUUCUCAGUGUAGUCUAAUCUGCAUCAUUGAUGCCAUAGAGAAGCAACAAAUGAAUCUUAUGAGAAUUUGUUCAAAAAUAAUCUACCUAAUUAAUCUUUUAAGCUUUCCUGGUCUGCUUUUUAAACAAGGCCAACAAAUGUUCAAAUCUCAAAUGUUAAAGUUCAUUCAAGAACAAGGAAAAGAUGAGUAGAUGUGGCUUGAUUUCUGCUUUGUUUCAACUGCUAUUAAAACGCAAUUUUAAUCGCGAUUUAAUUUAAUUUAUUUUUAAAAAGAAAGAUUUUGGCAAUUAUUUUAGGAAGGUGACCAUUCAAAAAUGCGGAAGUGAUUAGGAAGAGGAAGUUCCACCCGCUAGGUUCUUAUUAUUGGCUGAGGGGAGCAACGUGGUUGUCCUAUUGGUUGGUUUUAAUAUGUGCGUCAUAGUUACCGGCGACCUGCAUUGUUUACGUCUACGAUAAAGCAGGUGAGGGUUGGCGCUGGGAACACACAGCUUCGGAUCUGUCACGUGCUUUCAUUUUUGCGAAAUGUCAAGAACGGAAGACAGUGGUGCAGUUUCUGUCUGGUGUGAGUUUAAUUAGCUAAGGUCGUAACACGUCGCUCGUGUUUCUUAAAUAUUUAGCUGCUGAAACUUGUUUAAAGUAGCGCACAUGUAAGACAUAUGCGGUGGGAAAACCUCUCCUUCGUUUGUUUCGGUUUGUGUCCCUUCUGGGACGCUCCUCAUUCACUGUCAGCUGAUUCAAAGCGGAAAGAAUAAGAUAAACUGAUGGAAUAAUCUUGGCGCUCUCCCUCGUGCUGGGACAACACGUUGGUUGGCAAACGAAUGUAGCCUACAUGUUUAUUUGUCUUCUUCAAGAACAUUGUUAUUGAAAAAGAAUAGGGAACCAAUACUUUUGGGGAGGGAGACUCAAAGAUGUCCGUCCAGUCUGCUUGAAUGAUUUGAAGCCAUUUCAGCGACUCAGCUUGAUGAAAGCGCGUGCGGAGUUCCUCCUUUUAACCCUCACGAGCCAGCAUGUCGGACACGGACAGGUCUCUGACCGCUAUCCGAAAGCUCAGCUACGCUGCGGGACACUUUCUCAACGACCUGUGCGCUUCCAUGUGGUUCACAUACUUACUGGUGUUCUACCACUCGGUGCUGGGAUUCCAGAACACGAAUGCAGGUCUCUUGUUGCUGGUUGGUCAGAUAGCUGAUGCCAUCUGUACACCCCUGGUUGGCUAUGAGUCGGACCAAACCUCUGGUUGUGGAAACUAUGGCAAGCGGAAGACCUGGCAUUUGGUUGGCACGCUGAGUGUGGCGGUGUCCUUUGCCUUCAUCUUCAACCAAUGCCUGGUCUGUGACCCCAACACUCCUCAGUGGGCCAGCUUAAUCUACUUUGCCCCAUUCAUCAUCAUCUUCCAGUUUGGCUGGGCCGCCACACAGAUCUCCCACCUGUCUCUCAUCCCAGAGCUGGUCACCUGUGAGCAUGCUAAAGUGGAGCUCACUGCAUACAGGUAUGCAUUCACUGUCAUAGCCAACAUCACAGUGUAUGCCCUUGCUUACCUGCUGUUCCACGGUCAGGCUGGAGAGGAUGAAGACUCUCUUGGACCAGCAGACACUAACAUCUUCAGGAACCUAUCACUGAUUGUGUUGGGGAUCGGCGCUGUCUUCGCUGCUUUCUUCCACCUGGGAACCACAGAGCGUCCCAAUCACCAAGCCAGCAGGGACUCUGGAGGAGAGGAGGAGGAAGAGGAGGAGGAAGGGGAGCGAAGGCCGCUGCUACCUUCUUCCACUGUUUCUUCAUCCCUUCUGCAGUGGAAAUGUUGGCUCCAGCAGCCUUCCUUCUACCAGGUGGCCUUACUCUACAUGUCCACCAGGUUAAUCGUCAAUCUGUCCCAGACCUACAUCUCCAUGUAUCUCAUAAACACUCUUGGCCUGCCCAAGAAAUAUAUCGCUACAAUCCCCUUAAUGAUGUAUCUGAGCGGCUUCCUGUCCUCCUUCAUCAUGAAGCCCGUCAGUAAACGCAUUGGAAAAAGUCUCACUUACUUUGUGGGCCUCCUGCUAAUCAUGGCCUUCUCUUACUGGGUGCUGCUGGAUGACAAGAUGGGUCAGCAGAUCUACGGGGCUGCGGUGCUGCUGGGGGUCGGCUCGGCCACCAUCCUGGUCAUAUCCCUAUCCAUGACCGCUGAGCUGAUCUCAGAUCAGACGCAAAGCGGAGCGUUUGUGUACGGAGCCAUGAGCUUCACCGAUAAACUGGCCAAUGGAGUCGCAGUCAUGAUGAUUCAAGCUAUGCACCCCUGCCAUACAGUGGUUUGCUGUCCAGCCUGUGUGUGGUUUUAUCACUACAUCAUGGUCAUAGUGACGGGGGGCGUGGCUGUCGUUGCAGCGUUGGCGCUCUGCUCCAUCCUCAUCUGGCCAAUCAGGAUCAGAGCACGUGGCCUGCAAGUCGUCUCUGAUGGUUCCACCUCAGUUAACUAACUGGGCCGCCUUCGCCUUACUGGGAACUCUGCUCUUACAUGGACAGUAGGGACUCGCAGUUGUUUCUGAGAUUAGUUUCAAGUUUUUUGCUGGAAUGUCUGUGAAAUCCCAGCUUUAGUAAGACUAAAUAUUCCUUAACCUCUACACUAAGUGGACACUUAGUUGCCAUCAUUUUCUAGAAAUGUUUAGAACGUGAGAUAAAACUAUUAUAUGGGUCCAAUUCACUGUGUUCUAGAGAUGAGACCUUUCUUUGAGUGAAAGCAAACACAGCAGACUGUAUGGUCAGAUAAAUAGGAGUCCAGCCUUUUCCUGCUUUACCUUUUAAACACUAAGAAAGUAUGAUGGAGAACAUGCGUUCAGUGGAUAAACCACUACAUCCAGUCCCUCAGACUGGUGGGUAAACGGGACCAGAUGGUGAAACCACGCUACGCCCCAAUGGCACUUCAACUGGACAUGAACAGAAGAGCUGAAGGAGUUCAUCAUUCAUCUUGUAGCGAGGCCACCUGCUGUAAUUCCUGUGUUUUUUGUGUGUGUGUUUUUGUUUUAUGCAGGGGAAAGAAAAGUGUGGAUUUAAAAAAAAUAUUUAAAUCAGUUUGUGUUAUACCAAAAAAAACCUCUAAUGAUCAAACUGAACCUAAAAAUUAUUGUAAAAUGAAAUGAAACUUGAAUAGUGGAAUUGCAUCUGACUUUGAAAUGCUUAAAAGGGAUCAAUGUCUAUUGCAUGUAAUGGAAUAAUGAAGGGAAUCUCAUUGGUUGAGCAGCACAGCUGAACUACAUCUGACUGGGAAGAGCUUUUGACCAAACUGAGCUCCGACUUCGACCAUCUAAACUAUUACCUGGUCUGCUUCACCUCUGUAAAAAAUAUUUAAUUGAUGAAAGGAUUAUUGUAAAGAAGCUGAAACAAUAAAACCUGUCUGUGUUUAAACCUG